AUGUCGACUGCAGCUCCCGCCAACCCCGCAGAAAUCUCAGACCCCCUGUCCGACGAGCAGAAAAGUGCCCUGUGGCAUAACGCCAUCCAGAUUGUGGUGGAGUUGAAAGACCAACACGAGCAGGCGCUGGGCUCCGUGUCGCCACUAGAGAAGCCAAGAUGCAUUGAGGAGUUUCAAGCUUGGGCGGACGGGCUUUUGGAAUUGGUCUGGAUUGCUAUCAUGGGGCACGACACAAAAGGUAGGGACACUGCGUCGGUAGGCGUAGGAAUGCUUGAGGAUUCCGAGCGGAGCGAUGAGAAUGGGAGCGACAGCGAGCCCAGUCGCGCCGCAGGCCCGAGAAUGCUUGAGUGCGAUCGCUCACCACUUGGCAGCCUCUUAGCCAACGCACAGAAAGAUCCUCCCAAGCCCCGUAUACCGAUCGAGACGGCUACAUCGACCCUGCGCACCAUCCUGUUCCUCUCACUCACAACAACCAAAACCUACGAUCCGCGCACCCGUCAGGUCCUGCGACGCCUCGCUCGCGCUCUCUCCUUAUCCUUUCCGGAUGAGCACGAGAUUGUCGUCGCGGAGACACUCAAACAUCCCAAUGAGGCUAUCGAUUCCACCACCGCCACAUCGGCCGCACAGAAACGGGCUGAGAACGGUAAACAAUGGCGGUCCUGGAAAGUUGGCUUAGCGACCGUGGCUGGGGGAUUGGCGAUCGGCCUAACGGGAGGCCUCGCUGCACCCCUGGUCGGGGCUGGCGUAGCGAGUGUACUUGGCGCCGUCGGCGUUGGAGGCACCGCCGCGGGGAUGCUAGGCGUCGGAUUGGCAAGUAGUGCCGCUGUCGUUGGCAGUUUAUUUGGGGCGUACGGAGGACACAUGACGGGAAAAGCCGUCUCGAACGCCACGAGAGAGGUGGAAGAUUUCGAGUUCGUUGAAGUUAGCCAAAAAGGGCGGGUCAACGUUCUCAUCUGCAUCUCCGGCUGGCUGACCGACAAGAAAGAUGUGUCGGCGCCCUGGAAUAUUUUCAAUGAGUCCUCGGACGUGUACGCAUUGAAGUGGGAAGUUUCCGCGUUGCUUGCCCUCGGUAACGCACUCAGCGCCAUGAUCAAAAGCCAGGCUAUCGCAUAUGUCAAAGGGGAAAUUCUCAAGAGGACGGUGCUUGCUUCCCUGAUGACAGCCAUGUGGCCUUUGGGGUUGGUGAAGGUUGGCAAGCUCCUCGAUAACCCGUGGAACAACGCAAAAUCACUUGCCAAUAAGGCAGGUCCAAUUCUGGGCGACGUCCUCCAGGCGCAUGCACAAGGCAACCGGCCUGUAUCCAUCGUCGCAUACUCCCUCGGAUCACUCCUCGCCGUCCGAGCAGUCCUCUCCCUCCCAGCCUCAUCACCACCACUAGUCGAAAACUUAUACCUCCUCGGCUCCCCCCUCCCACUCACACCCACCAUGUGGCAAGCCCUGCGCGCCCGCGUCCCCGGCCGCAUCGUCAACUUCUAUUCCACAAAAGACUGGGUCCUCGGUUUCCUCCACCGCGCGACGCAAAAACCCGAAAAAGGAUGGGGUGUUGCGGGUCUACAACCCGUGAACGUGGACGGGAUCGAGAACAUCUGCUGUGAUGAGUUUGUGGAAGGACAUGUGGCGUGGAGGGCUCGCGUGGGCAGGUGUUUGGAGUUGGGCAAGGUAGAGGGCAUCAAAGGGGAUAAGGCUAGGGAGUGGGAGACGGAAAGUAGGAUUGAAGAGGGGGUUGUGGAGGGCUUGAGUGUGGAGGAGAUUGUGCAGAAGGAGGUGCCACCGCUCCCAUACCGGCCGCCCGCUGAUGAGAAUGGAGGGGACGGGCCGGAGGUAGCUGGGAAGGCCGCCCGCUUCACCUCCCUUGAGCACCAAGUUGAAGGAUUAUCAGUCUCUCAAUCUUGAAAUCCUACCUCUUGUCACUCCGCUUACAUGUAUUCACCCCAUUGUAUAACCAAUCUAAUGAUGCCAGUGGGCCUAUCAAGAAAACAUAUGCAAAAUUCCACGUUGAUGUUGCGGC